AUGGAGACGUGUUUAAGGAAUAAUGCCUUCCACAGAGUUCUCCGGCGAAGCGUCUCUUCAGCAUUCUCUAUGAGCACACUCGUCCAGCUGGAGCCAUUUGUGAACUCAACAUUGAGCGCGUUUAUGAGAGAGCUCGAUAAGAGAUUUGUCAAUACGGAAACCGGCCCAAAAGUCUUUGACUUCUCACGGUGGCUCAAUCUAUAUGCUUUUGACGCCAUUGGCGAGCUAAGUUUCUCCGAGAGGAUCGGCUUCAUCGAGAGCGGUGGAGAUAUAGAAGGAAUUAUGCAUCAGAUUGAGAUGCAGCUUGGCCAUCAGAACACUGUUGGCCAGAUGCCAUGGCUCGAUUGCUUCUGGGCGAAAAAUCCAAUCAAAUUAUGGUUGGGCAGAAUGGGCAUUCUACAUGAGCGAGACUCCAUUGUGGUUAGAUUUGCCGCACGGAAAUUAAAGGAACGGUACGAGGCCCUAAAGUCUGGCACCUCUCCGCCCACAACAGACUUUCUCGAUCGGUUCGUCCAAGCGGGGAUCAAGGAUCCUGAGCUGAUGACGGAGCAAGAGAUCCUUAGUCUCACUCUUGUCAAUAUAUUUGCAGGUGGCGAUACCACUGCCAUUGCGCUCUCCGCCACUUUCUAUUUCUUGCUCAAGAAUCCCUCCACUCUGGAAAAGCUAAUGGCUGAGCUUCACGAAUCUCCGCCUAGCGGGGAUAAUGGCAUCAUGAGUUAUAGCGAGGCAAGGAAACUUCCGUAUCUCAAAGCUGUGAUCCAAGAAGGUCUCCGGAUGUUUCCAGGAAUUGGUAACCCCCUUGAGCGAGUUGUCCCUCCCCAAGGCCUAGAGGUUUGCGGACACUUCCUCCCUGGAGGCACAAUUGUCGGGACUUCAGCUUGGCCACUACACUCAAAAGAGUCCAUAUUUGGUGCGAAUCCGAGGGAAUUUCGGCCGGAAAGGUGGAUUGAGGCCUCUGAGUCUCAAAUUAGCCUUAUGAACAGUGCCAUGUUUGCCUUUGGAAUGGGUGGUCGCUCAUGCGUGGGACAGAACAUUAGCCUACUCGAGAUAUAUAAAGUCGUCCCUACAAUUCUUUGGAAAUACAAGCUUGCUUUUGCGAACCCUACAGCUGAGUGGACUACAUCAAACCGGUGGUUUAUAUAUCAGAAAAAUUUCUUUGUUACACUUGAGCAUCGAGUUUAG